AUGGCAUCCUCCCGCAUCCCCACCACCCUAAACUUCAUAACGGGAAACAAAAACAAGCUCGCCGAAGUUCAAGCCAUCCUCUCCGGCGUAAUCGAGCUCCGCAACCAAAAUGUCGAUUUGGUCGAAAUCCAAGGCACAGUUGAGGAAGUCACAAAAGACAAAGCACGGAGAGCAGCCGAGGCCGUACAAGGCCCCGUCCUUGUAGAAGACACAUGUCUCUGCUUCAAAGCCAUGAAUGACCUGCCUGGCCCUUACAUCAAAUGGUUCAUGCUUUCUCUCGGCGCCCCAAACCUACACAAAAUGCUCUCAGGCUUCGACGACAAAUCCGCCCAAGCCGUAUGCACAUUUGGGUACUGCGAAGGCCCCGGCCACGAAGCCAUCCUCUUCCAAGGCCGUACCGACGGGAAGUUGGUGGAAAGUCGGGGAUCUACCGUCUUCGGUUGGGACUCAUGCUUUGAGUACGAAGGUCAGACAUACGCUGAAAUGGACAAGAGCGAGAAGAACAAGAUUAGCCAUCGAGCGAAGGCGCUGGAUAAGUUGAAAGAAUGGUUGGCGAGUCAGAAGACUGGGGCGUAG